AAGGACGAGAGAUGAACCUGAGAUAUUCCGAGGUGCGGUGGGGUGCACGAAACAGGACGGGUGUAUCACAUCCAGUCUUUAGUUUUGCGUUUGAGGAACCUAAAUAUGAAGAGUUUUACACUAGGUUUAUCAUGGGAAAUUCCCCUUGCAUCCUAAGCUGUGGUAUGAUUGAUGACUGGAAAGCAUCGAAGAGUUGGGUAGAUUCCAGUGGGGAUCCAGACCUGCAGGACUUGGGCUUGGAAUAUGGGAACUUGAAUGUUCCAGUGGCAAACUGUUCAGAGAAGUACUUUGACUCUCAGCCAAAAGCUGAGCUAAAGCUCAAAGAAUAUCUACAAUACAUGAAACAAAAGGAUCGGCAAGACACCCUGUAUCUGAAGGACUGGCACUUCCACGCGGCGCAGCGUCUCCAGCAGCCGGCUGACCCUCCUGUGUACCGCACCCCCUGUCUGUUUGCCUCAGACUGGCUCAACGAAUUCUGGGAGGAGCAGCCGGAGCUUCGUGAUGACUUUCGCUUUGUUUAUGUUGGGGUGGCUGGCACAUGGACUCCAUUCCACGCAGACGUCUUCCGCUCGUUCAGUUGGUCAGCCAACGUGUGCGGUAGGAAACGCUGGAUCCUGCUGCCACCUGGCGAGGAAGAGAAGCUUCGCAGCUUGUCGCAGCUUCCGUUCGAUGUUGCUGGUGUGCUCGGCGCGGAGAGCCCCUCGGCCGCCGUCAGCUCGGCGACCCUGCCGGCCGGCGUCAGCGUGGCACGCCUGCAGCCGAAGACGUCGCCGGGCGGCGUGCGUUACUUCGACGUUAUCCAGGAAGCGGGUGAGGUGAUGUUCGUGCCGUCCGACUGGCACCACCAGGUGUGGAACCUGCGCGACACCAUCUCCAUCAACCACAACUGGCUCAACGCCGCCAACGUGGGCCACGCUAGCCGCCAUCUGCUGGCCUCGCUGACGGCGGUGAAGGCCGAGCUCGCCGACAUCGCCGACGGCUCCGGCGCCUGGCUUGCGCAGUGCCAGCAGCUGCUGAAGGCGACGCACGGUAUGGACGUGCGCGAGUUUGUCGAGUUGCUGUGCUUCGCGGCCGACCGGCGGCUGGACGGCGCGCGCGGCGCGGCGGCCGUACGCGGCCUGGACGGCUGGCAGCACAGCCGCGACCACCUUCGCUGGGACCUGGCGCGCGUCCGCUGCGUCCUGCGGCGGCUGCUGGCCCUCGAGGACGUGACGCGCGCGCCGGACAUGGAUGAGUGUCUCGCGCGGGCCCAGCGGGUCAUCGCCGACAUUGAGGAAGUGUGUCCACCUGAGGCGGGGGGCGCGCCUGGACCGGGACAGUGUGACUGCGGGGUGUGCGCGUGAAUGGCGCAGGUGUAGCGAUGUGACGAGGCUCGAUGGGGAGACGUGUCCUGCUAACGCUCCUCUUGGAUGUGCGCGCAUAGCUUAGGUGGGGCGGCACGAUCGUCCUCACUAUGGACUGUGAUAUGCAAAUGGCUCAUGCUCCUGUACAUUAGGCGUAUGAUCAUUAGGCGUAUGAUGGUCGAUUUUACCCGUCCACGACGUUCAGUCAGGGGCGCAGCAGUGUCAGGUGGUCGGAUGUUACGUGCGAGCGUGUAAAAUGCGCCUUUGGUAGUGAAGCGUUGCGCAUUGUUUACAAUUUUGUGCGGUGCGUGUGCAAUAUUUUCAAAAAUUGCUAAUUUGGCUUUUGGAAACCAGCUUCGUUCGAAAGCAGAUUGCACUUGCAAACGAUACACACGAUGACCGAACAAACAUUCAUUGCCGUUGUUGUCAGCAUGGAAAUGAACAAAAAUUUCACCACGGCCACCUUGUGAAAAAAAUCGAAGUUUUAAAAAUGAUCUUUUUUCCUCUCACAUGAUGGGCAUAAGUAAAUUCAGCGUGUGCACGAAGCGGAUGCACGUUCUGUCCCGGUUUAGGCGUUUUACAUGAGAUGGCCGUUUUUCGACGUGAUUCCACCUUGGUUGUACCUAGCUUAAAACCUGUCAGCAUUGGAGAGUCUAGGUCACACCAUAGUGUGGUAAGGACAUCCUGCGUCAAGACAGGUGUAGCGCAACAAAUUGGCAGAAGUUAACGGCCGAGUUUUGGGUAGUGUAACGUUCCAGGUUUAUAUCUCUCGAACCAAUGAAAAUAAAAUGCUGCUUUUGAUUUGCAAACGAUGUAAAACGAUGUUACAAGUUGCUGACUACUUUCUUCCCGCAGGGGCACUGGUUUCGGCUGGUGUAGGGGACUAGUGCCUCCUCGGGUCCUAGUUCUGGGAACGGGCGGACAGCGCAAGCUUUUCCC